ACUGUAUGUUUGUGUUAAUCAUUAUCAUUUUAUUAUACUGGUAUACAUUCUGUUUUGUUUUUUAUUCUUUCCAGAUUUACAUUUAAUAUAAACUGUGACCUAAAUGCAAUUGUUUGAAGUCUACCAGAUAAAAGACCUUUUGAUAUACAGUAUUUUACUUACAGCUGCAAGAUAAAGUGUGUGUUAAUGCCUUAGAAUUACCCAGGUUUCUUCUUUAUCUAUACAUAUAAAAGGCAAAGCCCACACAGACUCAUCACUAAUUCUCCCACUUUCUAUAUAGGUGGGCGACUGAGCGCCACCAUUCAUUCUGUAUUUGACUACCAUUAUGUACAUAGUGCUUUUUGCAGUUUUUCUUUUUUCCUUUUACAGAUUAUGUGCAAAAUGUUGUCUGCCAAAAAACGGAAGUGUAAUGAUUCAUAUGUUGGUUUUGGCUUCGCCUGUGUGACAGAACGAGAUGGAACUGAAAGACCCCAAUGCAUGAUUUGCAAUUUGGUAAUGAGCAAUAGAAAUUUGAAGCCAUCAGGACUAAGGGAACAUCUUGAAAGCAAACAUAGUAAUCAUGUUGGUACAUCGAUUGAUGCUUUUAAGUUGAGAAGAAUUUGUUAUGAUCAGAAAGCGACCCUUUCGUCAUAUGGGUUUGUUGCUCCUGGAAAACAUUUUUUGGAAGCCUCCUACAGAGUUUCAUACAUGAUUGUCAAAGAAAAGAAGCCCCACACGAUUGGGGAGACUUUCGUGAAACCUUGUGCACUGGAGAUGGCAAAAAUCGUGCUGGGAGAGGAUGCCGUGAAACAAUUGAGUCAGGUGUCCUUGUCCAACGACAUUGUACACCAGAGAAUUAAAGACAUGAGUCAGAACAUAAUAACCCAAGUUGUCAGCGAGAUUAAACAAAGUCCUGCAAAAAUCAGCAUGCAGAUUGAUGAAUCAGCUGACGUUUCAAACCACAGUCAAUUGUUUGUAUUUGUACGCUAUGUACAUAAAAAGAACAUCAAGGAAGAGUUUUUAUUCUGUGAACGACUCAAAACAACAACUAAAGCAGUUGACAUAUUCAAGCUGAUCCAAUCGUUCUUUGAUCGCCAUGAGUAGGCAUGGGAUUUGAUUGGGUCUAUUUGUACAGAUGGAGCUCCUACCAUGAUUGGCAAAAAAUCUGGAUUCAUUGUUAUGGUCAACGAGAUAGCUCCACAUGUACUCUGUACACACUGUGUUCUACAUCACCAUGCUCUGAUAUACAAAACAUUGCCAAAGAAACUUAAAGAAGUGAUGGGAAUACUUGUUCAAACAGUCAACUUUAUUCGUGGACAUGCAUUGAACCAUCAAUUAUUUCAAAAAUUCUGUGAUGAAAUUGGAGUGGAACACAGUGUGUUACUGUACCACACAGAGAUACGUUGGCUGAGUCGAGGCUGUGUUUUCACGCAUGUAGUAGAAAUUCAGAAUGAAAUUAUCGAAUUCCUCAAGCAUCAACAAUCCCCCCUAGCUAAUCAUUUUGAAGAUGAACAUUUUAUUGUUAUCCUGGGAUAUUUGGCUGAUAUUUUCAGUUUCCUCAAUGAUUUGAACAUAUCAAUGCAGGGAAGGAAUGUGGACAUUGUUCAAGCCAGGGGAAAAGUUGUCGUAUUUGCAAGGAAAUUGCCUAUCUGGCGUCGCCGUGUUGAAAGUGGAAACCUGGCAAACUUUCCGAGCCUUGAAAAUAUUCUUAUUGGAAAUGGUAAAGCAUAACCUGUAAAAAUUACGUCAGGAAGUCAAAAAUCAUUUGGAAGUUCUGAAUACAAAAUUUGAGGGUUACUUUCCAGAUAUUGAUGAUCUUAGCAUGGAAUCCGUUUGGAUACAAAACCCUUUCUCGCUUGAUAUAUCGAGAUUGAGUGAUAACGAUUCAGCAAAGGAUGAUUUCAUUGACUUCCAAGAAGACCCAAGAAUGAAAGCUAAUUUCAAAAGGGCUGGGAUGGAUGUCAAGCACUUUUGGUGUGAGCAAAUCCCAGCUUACCCAAGCUUGGCAAUGAGGGUAAUGAAUGUUUUGGUUCCCUUCACAACUACGUAGCUCUGUGAAACAGGAUUCUCUGCAUUAUUAAAUCUGAAAUGAAAGUGGAGAAAUUGACUUGAUGUGUCAGAUGACAUGCGAGUAGCUUUGUCCGUAACUGUACCCCGAUUCCAUGCUUUGAUUGCACAAAAACAACAGCAGAUAUCUCAAUAGAUUAGUGAAAGUCUGUGUUAUGUGGUCGAGAUAUUGAAAAAAUGUGCACAUUUAUGUUUGUUAUCUUCUUUUGUGUAAUACUCAACAGUUAUUGGUUUAUAAUCUGAAACAGGUAAAUCAAAGUUAUAUUGUAAAAUAGAUGUAGCUGUUUGUGUAUUUAUCAUUUGUCAUUUUUUAAUUUCGCUUUUUGUAAA